AUGUCCCGUUUCGUCCGUUCAUCCAAAUACCGACAUGUUUACGGAGCGAAAUCCAAGGUGAACUAUGAGAACGCCAAGAUCUCAGGAUCAGCUUGGGAUACAGACCUGGUCACUGCUGGUGGAAAGUAUCUAGCUGUGAACUGGCAGGUCUCAGGAGGUGGUGCUUUUGCUAUCCUUCCGCUAUUCUCGCCUGUCACUCCACCUCAACCAGCUGGUUUCCCCAACAAGCUACCAGAUAUCAUCCCACUUGCUCGAGGUCAUACGGCUCCUGUUCUCGAUACUGCUUGGUCACCUUUUGACGAUAACAUAGUAGCUUCAGCAGGCGAAGAUGGAAAGGUCCUGGUGUGGAAAGUGCAGGACUCGCUCUUCGAAGGAUGGGGAGAAGAUCACUGGGUACCAGAGGACUUAUCACCUGAAUUAAGGUUAAGUGCAGGUGGUCGUAAAGUCGGACAAGUCAUAUUCCACCCUACAUCCUCAAAUUUACUUACAGCUGCAUCCGGUGAUCAUCUCGUCAGAUUAUGGGACAUCAGCUCAGGUGGAGAUUCACCUAAAAUCACUUUGAAGGGUCAUACGGAUUCUAUCCAGGGUAUAGCUUGGAAUGCUGUUGGAAAUACUCUUGCUACUACAUGCAGAGAUAAGAAACUGAGAUUAUUCGAUCCUCGAGCUGGUACAGAUGCUGUUAGGAUUACGGAUGGGCAUGCUGGUGUUAAAGGUUCAAGAGUAGUAUGGCUCGGUGACAGAGACAGGAUCGCUACUACUGGUUUCAGCAGAAUGUCCGAUAGACAGGUUUCAUUGUGGGAUACCGCUGGUUUAACGAACCUUGAGACUACAUCUCUUGACUCGAGCGCAGGUAUUAUCAUGCCUUUCUACGCGGAAGGUAAUGAUGUGCUGUUCCUUGCUGGUAAAGGUGACGGUAAUAUCCGAUACUACGAGUUCGAAGGCGACUCGCUCCACUUCUUGAACGAGUACAAGACCUCUGAUCCGCAACGAGGUAUGACCUUCCUCCCUCGACGAGCUCUUGAUGUUAAGGAGAACGAAAUUGCUCGAGCGUACAAGCUAGCUGGUGGAUGUGUCGAACCUUUGAGCUUUAUUGUUCCUAGAAAAGCAGAAUCAUUCCAGGCUGAUAUCUUUCCACCAGCCAACUCCAUUGAACCCGCUCAGACUGCUGCCGACUACUUCUCCGGCAAGACUGCUCGACCGAAGGUGAUCGACCUCGAAACUAGAGCCACAAGCACGAAUACCGCUCCCGUACCUGAACCAGUCAAGUCUGCUCUCGCUCCCACUCCAGCUCCAGUUCCUGCUGCUACACCUACUCCACCACCCUCUGCCCCCGAACCAGUUAAAGAGGAAACCAAGACUGCUCCAGCACCCACACCGGCAAGCACUAAGAAAGAAAUUGAUUCUGUGCCUGAGGUCACCGCUAAAGGGUUGGAGAUCGAACAGCCGGAUAAAGAGGAUGAGAAGGUAGAGGAAGAGAAGGUAGAACCUGUUAAGGCUGUUCAAGAGAGUCUCGCUGGAUUAAGUGUGACAGAUGAGAAGAAGGAGAACGGCAAUGAAGUUCCCGCUCCUACAAACACGCUUCUGAUCAAGAAACUUUCUCCAGCUGCCACAUUGCCAACUCGAGGAUCACCAUUGUCUGCGGGAUACGAUCUAUACUCGGCAGAAGAGAAGGUCAUACCAGCUCGUGGAAAAGCUUUGAUCGAUUUGCAGAUAAGCAUCGCUGUUCCUGAGGGUACUUAUGGUAGAGUCGCUCCUCGAAGUGGUCUAGCAAGCAAACAUUCCAUCGAUACUGGUGCGGGUGUUAUCGAUGCGGAUUAUAGAGGUCCAGUGAUGGUUUUGCUUUUCAACCUUUCUGAUGAGGACUUUACCGUCAAGAAAGGCGAUAGAGUAGCUCAACUUAUCUUGGAGAAGAUCGUUUUGGCUGAUAUUGCUGAAGUUGACGACCUCGAUGCCACGUCUAGAGGAUCAGGAGGGUUCGGAUCAACAGGUGGAUUCGGUCAAGCUAUAAAAGACGUAGCUAGCAAGAUUCUUUAG